UUGUCCCCCAAAAACUCACUCUCAUUUCCAAAUUUCCUUUUCCCCUCUAUUUCCCAAUUUCAAAUCCCUGAAAUAUCACUUCUUUUAUCCUUCAAUUUUCUGCCACCAUCAUGGCCGUCAAAGCUCCGGAGAAGGCGAAAGCCAAAGCUUCAAAGGACCCAAAAUCUAAGAAAACUUCCUCUGCUCCUAAGAAACCCAGAGCCUAUCCUCCUUACAGCGAGAUGAUAAAGGAGGCUAUAGUGGCGUUGAAAGAGAGAACCGGGUCGAGUCAGGUCGCGAUCGCCAAGUUCAUAGAAGGGAAGCAAAAUCCUAACUUGCCUGCUAACUUCAAGAAGCUAUUGCUUAUUCAACUGAAGAAACUUGUUGCUGAUGGCAAGCUUGUUAAAGUUAAGAACUCCUUUAAGCUUCCUCCUAAAGCUACUUCUGUCUCAGAUGCUAAAGCAUCGGCCAAGCCGAAGGAGAAGACUGAGGCUCCCACUAAGCCUAGGGGCGUAGCAGGGAAGCAGAAGGCUGCAGCGGGGGCAAAGCCAAAGAAGGCGGUGGAAACUACAGCCGUGAAGUCUCCAGGAAAGAAAGCCGCAAAAUCUACGGCAGCGAAAUCGCCGGGAAAGAAGGGGUCAGUUUCUAAGAAGAAGACGCCGGUUAAAGUAACGAAAAAGCCAAAGAGUAUUAAAUCACCGGCCAAGAAAGUGACGGUCAAGAAGGCGAAGAAGUAGGGAAGUCGUGCGUAUUUGUCGAGCGGUUUUCGUGCGUAGAAUUUGUAAAUUUGGGGUGGUUGGUUAGUCCGUUAGGCUUUUCUAUGUAGAUUUGAGUAAAAAAAAUUAAAUUUAGUUGAAUGAAAUCGCUUUGAUCUCUA